GCUCUGUUCUUAGUUUUCUGAAUCUGGUGUUGUCUUUCUUUCUUUGCAGAUCUGGGUUUGGAAGCUUUGGGGAAGGGCCCCUGUACCUAUUAGAGUAAGCAAAUAGGGUGUUCUUUGUAUGGAACUAUUUCGCAGAGCUGGAACGAAAAGGCUUUUUUCUUUUGGUAGCUUCUGGUAGAGAAGAGGGAAUCAAAGUUUGUUGUAUUCCACAUACGGCGCUAAUGUACUCAUGGUAGUACAUAGAUGUGUCCCAUGGAGGGUGAAGUAUGUUGAUAUAAGGGGUGCUCAUAGUGCCAAUGGUAUAGACCAAAGCACUAGUGAAGCUUCCCAUAGUGUGCAUAAAAGGGGGUGUGUGAGAGUGGCUAGGAUUGCUCUCCCUGGCUAGCAGCGCAUGAAGCUCCUGGCGAAGAAGAGGUGCCUUCCUCAAUGUGAGAGAGGGUAUUUAGAGUUGAAGUCUGGUCAACCUAGCCAGCCUAGCCUGAAAAGGCUAGGCAUGCUGAACCCCUGCCAGAGUGUGCAGGGAGCAAGGUGCAUGGGAAUGAGGGGGCAUCCUAUGAUACCUUCUAGAAGUGAGCAUUUAGAUUGGACCCAGUAGUGAGCCUAAGCACCUGGGCUAUCCAGAACAUAAGUAAAUAACAGAAAGGAGUGAAACUGAAGGUGUUACCUGGUAAAGGUGAAUUUACAUGUCUGCUGGGAAAGAGAAAAGUCGAAAGAGUGAUAGGAAGAAGGAAAAAGGAAAAAGGAGGAGGUUACAGUGGAAAAUGGAAGGAAAUGAAAGAGUGAGUGAAGUAGUAAAAAAAAUGGAAGGACCCUCAGGUUCCGCUUCGGAACCUCUCCUUGGUUUGGACGAGAAUGGAUUCUCCUCAACGCUUCCUAUCACAAUCUAUUAACUCCGACGCUCCCGUCACCAAGGACCAGAUCACCACCGUCUCCAACCAGAUCGUCGCGGCCAUCCACCAGAUCAUCGUCAACGGCGCCGCCUUAGUCUCGUACUCCCAAAACAUCACCGCCGCCGGAGACUCUGUAUUCCCGCAGGAUCCGUCGGAUGCGCCGCCGCAUGCAAAGAAGCCGAGGCUAGAAUUCUCCACCGCCGACAAGGCCAAACAGGUGCUCGAUUUGAAAGUCGAGGUUGUAGAAGACGACGAUGCAGCAGAAGACUGCGAAAUCGUGGAGCUCGACACCAUGGAAUUGCUUGCGGAGGGAGCACAUUCAUUUCUGCGAGAUAUGCGGAAAACGGUUCAGUCGCGAUGCGCAUCUUCGUAUGCACAUGCGCGCGCACGGGAACUAGUUCAAGACGCCAGAAGCGUUGGCGAGGCCGCUGGAGCCACGCGCCGCCGAGCCACACGAUUCUCUUGUCUGUUCGAAGGCUGCAACGGGAACAAGCUAUGCCGGAAGUUCAGGCCGUUGAAGUCGAUCGUUUGCGUGAAGAACCAUUUCAAGAGGAGUCAUCGUCAGAAGAUGUACUCCUGUAACCAAAAUGAGAAAAUCAAUCAAAAAAAUAUUAAAUAUUGA